GCGGACGGGCUCCGGCCGGCUGCGGUCCGUGCAGAGGCUGAGCCGGCCGCGGGCGCGACCCAGGCAGUUUCUGUUACUAUGGCAAUGACGGCAGGGACGACGGCAACCACCUUUCCUAUGAGCAACCAUACCCGGGAGAGAGUAACGGUAGCCAAGCUCACACUGGAGAAUUUUUAUAGCAAUCUGAUACUACAGCAUGAAGAAAGAGAAACCAGGCAGAAGAAGUUAGAAGUAGCCAUGGAAGAAGAAGGAUUGGCAGACGAGGAGAAAAAGUUACGCCGGUCACAACAUGCUCGCAAAGAAACAGAAUUCUUACGGCUCAAGAGGACCAGACUUGGCCUGGAUGACUUUGAAUCUCUGAAAGUUAUAGGAAGAGGAGCUUUUGGAGAGGUAAGGCUGGUCCAGAAGAAAGAUACAGGCCAUAUCUAUGCAAUGAAGAUAUUGAGAAAGGCUGAUAUGCUUGAAAAAGAACAGGUGGCCCAUAUCAGAGCAGAAAGAGAUAUUUUGGUAGAAGCAGAUGGUGCCUGGGUAGUGAAGAUGUUUUACAGUUUUCAAGAUAAGAGGAACCUUUAUCUAAUCAUGGAAUUUCUCCCUGGAGGUGACAUGAUGACAUUGCUAAUGAAGAAAGAUACAUUAACAGAGGAGGAAACACAGUUUUAUAUUUCAGAAACUGUUCUAGCAAUAGAUGCAAUUCACCAGUUGGGUUUCAUCCAUCGAGAUAUUAAACCAGAUAACCUUUUACUGGAUGCCAAGGGUCAUGUAAAAUUAUCUGAUUUCGGUUUAUGCACGGGAUUAAAGAAAGCUCAUAGGACUGAAUUCUACAGAAACCUCACACACAACCCACCAAGUGACUUCUCAUUUCAGAACAUGAACUCCAAGAGGAAAGCAGAAACAUGGAAGAAGAACAGGAGACAGCUGGCAUAUUCCACAGUUGGCACACCAGACUACAUUGCUCCCGAAGUAUUCAUGCAGACUGGUUACAACAAAUUAUGUGACUGGUGGUCUCUGGGAGUGAUUAUGUAUGAAAUGCUGAUAGGAUAUCCACCUUUCUGCUCUGAAACACCUCAAGAAACAUACAGAAAAGUAAUGAACUGGAAAGAAACACUGGUAUUUCCACCGGAAGUACCUAUAUCUGAGAAAGCCAAGGAUUUAAUUCUAAGGUUUUGUAUUGAUUCUGAAAAUAGAAUUGGAAAUAGCGGCGUAGAAGAAAUAAAAGGCCAUCCUUUUUUUGAAGGUGUAGACUGGGGGCACAUCAGGGAAAGACCAGCAGCAAUCCCUAUAGAAAUCAAAAGCAUUGAUGAUACUUCAAAUUUUGAUGACUUUCCAGAAUCUGAUAUUUUACAACCAGUGCCAAACACCACAGAACCGGACUACAAAUCCAAAGACUGGGUAUUCCUUAAUUACACCUAUAAGAGGUUUGAAGGAUUGACUCAACGUGGCUCUAUCCCCACCUACAUGAAAGCUGGGAAAUUAUGAAUGAAGAUCACAUUCACCCACACCCAAAAGAACUCAGGUAGCUGCAUCACCAGGCUUGCUUGGCGUAGAUAACAAUACACUGAAAUACUCCCGGAGAUGGUGGUGCUUAUUGACUACAAGAGGAAAUUCUACAGGAUUAGGAUUUCUAAGAAGACUACAGGAAUUGGUUGGCAGUGCCAGCUGGCCUUUUUUUUUUAAAAUAUUAUUUUUGUUAACUUUAUUAUA